AUGAACCCCGCCGAGUCCAAGCGCUGGUCCGAGCAGAAGGCAGCCAAGGUCGCGACGUCGCCCCCGCAGGCCAACGGCAACUUCUUCAACUUCCGCCGCACGUCGAUGGACCAGGCGACGGCCGCCAAGAGCGCCUGGCGCCGCGAGACGCCAGCGCAGCAGCAGGCCGCGGCGGAUGCCCUCAAGCAGCGCCGCGACUCGACGGGCAGCUCGGGCUCGGCCAAGUCGUCGUAG